AUGGACGGAGAUAUCUUCCUUGAUGGAGGCAAUGAAGAUUCUCAACGUACACAGAAGAAAGGAAGGACGCGCAAGAAAUCGGCGCUCACUGGAUCGCUCGAAUCUGGCUCAGGUAAUUAUGUGAAGAUACUUCACAAUGGGAUUGAGGGCGGAAUGUUAUCGACAUUGGCCGAGGCGUGGUCUUUCCUUCAAUAUGGCUUGGAACUCGACUGCGACACAAUCGCAGCCAUCUUCGACCAGUGGAAUGAUAAUGGCGAAUUACAAGGUACCUAUAUGCUCGACAUAGCGGCCGACAUGCUACACGCUAAGAAGUCUUCUUGCGUCCAGGACGCCGGUGAUACGGAAGCACACUAUGAGCGCACUGUGAGCGGAGAUCGAGUAGAAAGGCUGCUAGCGGUCAAGAAACUUCAAAUUCUAGGGACAAAGUCAUUCCAGGGGAUCAAAGACGAAAGCACCGUCAUCGAGCACUUGCGCUGCGCCGUCUAUUUAGGUUUUCCAGCCUUCUUCUGCCAGGGCCUAGACAUGAUUACAAGAGCGUCCGAUGACAAGAGUGGGGCAUCGAUCUACGCCAAUGCCUUCGACUUUGGCGUGGAGAUUGCAUUGUCCAAGCCGCGUUCCGAUGAAGUCGCGCGGAAGCUACACCGCACUUUCAGCUCGCUGAAAGAAAUUGUGGUACACGGCACCUUGUCUGACCAAUAUCUGCUCGCGAUCUCUGCUACUCUCGAAUAUUUCAAAUAUGCAGAUGGCAUGUCAUUACCAACUAGGUUCAUAGAAGGGCAAAUAAGGGGGUUUUUUGGUGCACACGGAUACAACAAGCCUGGUGUUCCUGGAGAGGAUCCAGGGCCCGUUAGAAAGGGGUCCCAUCACUACGAAUGGCAGCCAGCGAAGGAAUAA